AUGAGCAUCAAUGACUCCUCCCUUAUGGCUGGGAUCAUUUAUUACAGCCAAGAAAAGUACUUCCGCCAUGUGCAGCAGGCCGCGGCCGUGGGCCUGGAAAAAUUCAGUAAUGACCCAGUGCUGCAGUUCUUUAAAGCCUAUGGAGUCCUCAGGGAAGAGCGCAUCCAGGAUGCCAUCAGCAGCCUAGAGAGCAUCCAGAAUCACCCAGAUGUGUCCCUGUGCUCCGUCAUGGCUCUCAUUUAUGCUCACAAGUGCUGUGAAACCAUCGACCGAGACGCGAUUCAGGAACUUGAGAGCAGCCUGAAGGAAAUCCGCAAGACAGCCAGCGGGACUGCCCUGUACUAUGCUGGCCUCUUCCUCUGGCUCAUGGGCCGCCAUGACAAGGCCAAGGAAUACAUUGACCGCACGUUGAAGGUCUCCAGCAGCUCCAGAGAGGGCUACGUGCUCAGAGGCUGGGUGGACCUCAGCUCAGACAAACCCCACACUGUGAAGAAGUCCAUCAAGUACCUCGAGCGUGGCAUCCAGGACACCAAAGAUGCUCUGGGGCUGAUGGGAAAGGCAACGUACUUCAUGAUGCUGCAGAACUACUCGGGGGCCCUGGAGGUGGUGAACCAGAUCACCGUCGCCUGGGGCAGUUUCCUGCCGGCCUUGGUCCUAAAGAUGCGGCUGUUCUUGGCUCGGCAGGACUGGGAGCAGACGGUAGAAAUGGGACACAGAAUCCUAGAAAAAGAUGAAAGCAAUAUUGAUGCCUGCCAAAUUCUAGCUGUGCAUGAGCUUGCAAGAGAAGGAAACAUAACCACAGUAAGUUCUUUCAAGACUCAGAAAGGCACCAAUCGUGUUAGAAAUCUGAUUAAGGCGCUGGAAAUAAGAGAGCCCCAAAAUCCAAGCCUCCAUCUUAAAAAAAUUCUUGUGGUUGGCAGACUGUCUGGGAGGCACCAGGCGAUUCUGCAGCUGGUGUGUAGCUUCCUCGAGCGAACCUUCAUGGCCACAUCCUCCUACGCCCACGUGGCCACAGAGCUGGGCUACCUCUUUAUCCUGCAGGACCAAGUGAAGGAGGCAUCUCUGUGGUACUCGGAGGCCAUGAAACUGGACGAGAGCAGCAUGGCUGCCUUGACUGGGGUCAUCUGGUGCCAGAUCAUAGACGGCCACCUAGAAGAGGCUGAGCAUCAGCUGGAAUUCCUGAAGGAGGUGCAGCAGUCCCUUGGGAAGUCCGAGGUGCUGGUUUUCCUCCAAGCCCUCCUGGCUUCCAAGAAGCACAAGGGAGAGCAGGAGGCCGCAGCACUGCUGAAGGAAGCGGCUGAGCUGCACUUCUCCAGCAUGCAGGCCCUCCCCCUGAGCACCGAGUACUUUGAAAGGCUUGACCCCCUCUUCCUGGUCUGCAUCGCCAAGGAGUACUUGGUCUUCUGCCCCAAGCAGCCCCGGUCGCCAGGCCAGAUUGUGUCUCCACUUCUUAAACAAGUCUCUGUGAUCUUGAAUCCUGUAGUCAAGGCAGCACCAGCCCUGAUCGACCCGCUGUAUUUGAUGGCCCAGGUCAAGUAUCUCUCAGAGUUAGAGAAUGCCCAGAGCACCCUGCAGCGUUGCCUGGAGCUGGACCCCACCUCCGUGGACGCCUACCUCCUCAUGUCUCAGAUCUACCUGGCUCAGGGCAACUUUGCCAUGUGCUCCCACUGCCUGGAGCUGGGCGUCAGCUACAACUUCCAGGUCCGAGACCACCCCCUCUACCACUUCAUCAAGGCCAGGGCCCUCAACAAGUCUGGAGACUACCCAGAAGCCAUAAAGGCACUGAAGAUGAUCAUAAAAUUACCAAUUCUGAAGAUGGAAGAAAGCAAGAAGUUCCAUGGGCCCUCUGUGCGGCCCAGUGAGCGGGUAUCCAUCUUACUGGAAUUGGCAGAUGCCCUCCGGAUGAAUGGGGAGCUGCACGAGGCCACUAAGGUCAUGCAGGACACCAUCAACGAGUUCAGUGGCACGCCGGAGGAGAUCCGCAUCACCAUUGCCGACGUGGAUUUGGCCCUGAGCAAGGGGAGCGCAGACCUGGCACUGAGCAUUCUGAGGAACAUCACACCCAAGCAGCCCUGCUACACGGAGGCCAAGGAGAAGAUGGCCAGCAUCUACCUGCAGACCCGCAAGGACGUCCACCUCUACAUCGGGUGCUACCGGGAGCUCUGUGAACAUCUGCCUGGCCCUCACACCAGCCUGCUACUGGGUGAUGCUUUCAUGAACAUUCAGGAGCCCGAGAAGGCCCUAGAGGUCUACGACGAGGCCUACAGAAAGAACCCACACGACGCAUCCCUGAUCAGCAGGAUUGGGCAAGCUUACGUGAAGACCCACCAGUACACCAAGGCGAUUAAUUAUUAUGAGGCUGCCCAGAAGAUUAGCGGACAGGACUUGCUGUGCUGCGAUCUGGCUGAACUGCUUCUGAAGUUAAAGAAGUUCAACAAAGCAGAAAAAGUUUUGAAGCAGGCGCUGGAUCAUGACUUUGUCAAAGACAUCCCAUCCAUGAUGAAUGAUGUCAAGUGCUUGCUUUUGCUGGCAAAGGUUUACAAGAACCAUAAGAAAGAAGAUGUGAUGCACACUUUGAACAAGGCCAUGGACCUCCAGUCUCGGAUCCUGAAGCGUGUUCCCCUGGAGCAACCGGAAAUGAUCCCCUCCCAGAAGCAACUGGCAGCCUCCAUCUGCAUCCACUUUGGGGAGUACUACCUGGCAGAGAAGGAGUAUGCCAAGGCAGUGCAGUCUUACAAAGAUGCCCUCUCCUACUCACCCAUUGACAAUAAGGUGGUGCUGGAACUGGCACGGCUCUACCUGCUGCAGGGCCACCUGGACUUGUGCGAGCAGCACUGCGCCAUCCUCCUGCAGACCGAGAAGAACCAUGAGACAGCCUCCGUGAUGAUGGCUGACCUGAUGUUUAGAAAACAGAAAUACGAAGCUGCCAUCAACCUCUACCACCAAGUCCUGAAGGAAGCGCCAGACAAUUUUCCUGUGUUGAACAAACUAAUCGAUCUGCUACGAAGAAGUGGCAAACUUGAGGACACCCCUGCCUUCUUUGAAUUGGCCAAGAAGGUGUCCAGCCGGGUGCCUUUAGAGCCAGGGUUCAACUACUGCAGAGGCAUCUACUGCUGGCACAUAGGGCAACCCAACGAAGCCCUGAAGUUCCUAAACAAAGCGCGCAAGGACAGCACUUGGGGCCAGAGCGCCACCUACUACAUGGUGCAAAUCUGUCUGAACCCAGACAAUGAGAUCGUGGGUGGAGAGGCUUUCGAGAACCUGGUGACUGAGAGCAAGAAGGAGUUGGAGCAGCACGGCGUGCGCACUGCUGAGAAGCUGCUGCGGGAGUUCUACCCGCACUCGGCCUGGGGCCAGACCCAGCUGCGGCUGCUGCAGAGCCUGUGCCUGCUGGCCACCAGGGAGAAGGCUAACGUGGAGGCGGCGCUGGGCACCUUCAUUGAGAUGGCCCAGGCCGAGAAGGACAGCAUUCCCACCCUGCUGGCCAUGGCACAGGCCUACUCGCUGCUGAAGCAGGUCCCCAAAGCACGCACGCAGCUGAAGCGUCUGGCCAAGGCCCCAUGGACGCUGGCCGAGGCCGAGGACCUGGAGAAGAGCUGGCUCCUGCUGGCCGACAUCUACUGCCAGAGCGGCAAGUUCGACCUGGCCUCGGAGCUGCUGCAGCGCUGCAUGCAGUACAACAAGUCCUGCUGCAAAGCCUACGAGUACAUGGGCUUCAUCAUGGAGAGAGAGCAGUCGUACAAGGACGCAGCCACCAACUAUGAGCUGGCCUGGAAGUACAGCCAUCAUGCCAACCCUGCCAGCGGCUUCAAACUCGCUUUCAACUACUUGAAGGACAAGAGAUUCGUGGAGGCCAUCGAAGUCUGCCACGAUGUCCUCAAGGAACACCCCAACUACCCCAGAAUCAGAGAAGAAAUUUUGGAAAAGGCCCAAGGGUCUCUGAGGCCCUAG